CUCCGGACAUAAAGGGGAGCAGGUCACAGAGAAGCGGUGCAGAAGCGGGUUGGUCUGUGUUCCCCGCUCCUCGCCACACACACCGGGAGGAUGAGGUCCGCCGUGGGCGCCCUGCUGGCCUGUGCUGCCUUGGGACUAUGUCUGGCUGUCCCUGACAAAACUGUAAGAUGGUGCGCAAUAUCAGAGCACGAAAACACCAAGUGCAUCAGUUUCCGUGACCACAUGAAAAGCGUCCUUCCGGCCGACGGUCCCCAGCUUGCUUGUGUGAAGAAAACCUCCUACACUGACUGCAUCAAGGCCAUUGCCGGAAGUGAAGCAGACGCCAUAACCUUGGACGCUGGUUGGGUGUAUGAGGCAGGCCUGACUCCCAACAACCUGAAGCCUGUGGUAGCGGAGGUCUAUGGGACACCUGAAAAGCCACAAACCUCCUACUUGGCUGUGGCCGUGGUGAAGAAGGGUUCUGGCUUCCAGCUGGACGAGCUCCAAGGCAAGAAGUCCUGCCAUACUGGCUUGGGCAGGUCUGCAGGAUGGAACAUCCCCGUCGGCUUACUUUUCUGUAAAUUUCCGGAGCCUCGCAGUCCCAUUGAGAAGGCCGUGGCCAGUUUCUUCUCGGGCAGCUGUGUCCCCUGUGCAGAUGCGUCAUCCUUCCCCAAACUGUGUCAACUGUGCCCAGGCUGUGGCUGCUCCUCUCUCCAACAGUACUAUGGCUAUGCAGGCGCCUUCAAGUGUCUGAAAGAUGGAGGUGGGGACGUGGCCUUUGUCAAGCACACGACCAUAUUUGAGGUUCUGCCAGAGAAGUCCGACAGGGACCAAUAUGAGCUGCUCUGUCCUGACAACACCCGCAAGCCAGUGGAUCAAUUUGAGGAGUGCUACCUGGCCCGCGUCCCUUCCCACGCUGUUGUGGCUCGAGCUGUGGACGGCAAGGAGGACUUGAUCUGGGAGAUCCUCAAAGUGGCCCAGGAACAUUUUGGCAAAGGCCAAUCCAAAGACUUCCAACUGUUCGACUCUCCUCUUGAGAAAGACCUGCUGUUUAAGAACUCUGCCAUUGGGCUGUUAAAGAUCCCCUCGAGAAUGGACUACAGGCUAUACCUCGGCCAUAACUAUGUCACUGCCAUUCGGAAUGUACGGGAAGGACAGUGUCCAGAAAGCCCCAGCAGCAAUGUGCCAGUGAAGUGGUGUGCCCUGGGUCACCACGAGAGACAGAAGUGUGAUGAGUGGAGCGUGAACAGCGGAGGGCAGAUCGACUGUGAAUCAGCAGAGACCACCGAGGACUGCAUCGACAAGAUUGUGAAUGGAGAAGCUGAUGCCAUGAGCUUGGAUGGAGGAUACGCCUACAUAGCAGGCCAGUGCGGUCUAGUGCCCGUCAUGGCGGAGAACUACGAUAGCUCCGAUUGUGGAAGACUAGGACAAGGGUAUUAUGCUGUGGCAGUGGUGAAGGCAUCGAACCGUGACAUCACCUGGGAGAAUCUGAAAGGCAAGAAGUCCUGCCAUACCGCAGUAGACAGAACUGCUGGCUGGAACAUCCCCAUGGGCCUGCUCUACAGUAGGACCAAGAGCUGCAAGUUUGAUGAAUAUUUCAGUCAAGGCUGUGCUCCUGGAUAUGAGAAGAAUUCCACUCUUUGUGACCUGUGCAUGGGCCCAAACAAAUGUGCUCCAAACAACAGGGAGGGAUAUUUUGGCUACACAGGGGCUUUCAGAUGUCUUGUUGAGAAGGGAGAUGUAGCCUUUGUGAAACACCAGACUGUCUUUCAAAACACUGAAGGAAGAAACCCUGAUGCAUGGGCUAAGGAUCUGCAGCUGAAGGAUUUCGAGCUCCUGUGUCCUGAUGGCAGCAGGAAGCCAGUCACUCAGUAUGCCAGCUGCUACCUGGCCCAAGCUCCAAACCACGUUGUGGUCUCACGGAGAGAGAAGGCAGCCCGUGUUAGCAUGGUGCUGCUUAACCAGCAGACUGCCUUUGGAAGCAAUGCUGACUGCUCUACGACCUUCUGCUUGUUCUCAUCUGACACGAAGGACCUUCUGUUUAGAGAUGACACCAAAUGCUUGUUUAAACUUCCAGACGGCAUCACAUGGGAAAAAUACUUAGGAGAAGGCUAUGUCCAAGCUGUUGGUAACAUGAGGAAAUGCUCAACCUCACGGAACUACGGCCCCAUGAACUACCAUUCCCGUGAUGCUCUGCGUCCUGGGGCGCGGAGUCUAGAGCCACGUCGCUUAGGCAGCCCGGGAAGACCACGCACCUCCCUCAUGGCGUCCGUAGACACCCGGCGUGUUGGGGACAGCGCCGGGGGCUCCUUCCAGCCUUACCUCGAUUCCUUGCGGCAGGAGCUGCAGCAGAGGGAUCCGACGCUGCUGUCCGUGGCGGUGGCUCUGCUCGCCGUCCUGCUGACGCUGGUUUUCUGGAAGUUCAUCUGGAGCAGAAAGAGCAGUCAGAGAGCUGUUCUCUUCGUUGGGCUUUGUGACUCCGGGAAAACGUUGCUGUUUGUCAGGUUGCUAACUGGCCACUACAGAGACACACAGACUUCAAUUACCGACAGUUCUGCUGCGUACAAAGUCAACAAUAACAGGGGGAAUAGCCUGACUUUGAUUGACCUCCCUGGGCACGAGAGCUUGAGGCUUCAGUUCUUAGAUCGCUUUAAGUCUUCAGCCAGGGCUGUGGUGUUCGUGGUGGACAGUGCAGCAUUCCAGCGGGAGGUGAAAGACGUGGCCGAGUUUCUGUAUCAGGUCCUCCUCGACAGCAUGGGACUGAAGAAUGCACCAUUCUUCCUAAUAGCCUGCAAUAAGCAAGAUAUCGCAAUGGCAAAAUCCGCGAAGUUAAUUCAGCAGCAGCUUGAAAAGGAACUCAACACCUUACGAGUCACCCGCUCUGCUGCUCCCAGCACACUGGACAGUUCCAGUACUGCACCUGUUCAGCUGGGAAAGAAAGGCAAAGAAUUUGAAUUCUCCCAGUUGCCCCUCAAGGUGGAGUUCCUGGAGUGUAGCGCCAAGGGUGGACGAGGGGAUGCCGACACUGCCGACAUCCAGGACUUGGAGAAGUGGCUGGCCAAGAUCGCCUGAGGGGCAGCCCUGGCUGCAAACCUUUUGCAUCUGUGACUGAUGAGCAGUUUGGGAAAGGGCUGUGGUGGUGUGGAGCCGAUAGAGGGAACAUGGCAUGUGUCAGCAUCUCCGUGUUCUAGAAACAGUUACUGCAGCUUGAAAGCAUUGUCCCUCCCUUCUAGCUCCUUUCUCAACCAGUCCUUUUUAUUUAAUUCUCCUGUUCUCCCUCUUGGUAGGUGUAGCAUUACUUUAGUGUGUGACAUAGCAGAGAGGGCAUUACCAUGAGAAAAGGUGCAUCUGGGAAGUUCUUGUCCUCUGUCUCUCUGCUUCCCUCCCUUUUCCUGGAGCCAGUUAAUUUCCAGUUGCCCCUCGUAUUUUGGCAUAACUAAUUUGGCAUUGUUAGUUCUUAGUGAAGUCUCAGAUAUAAAGGUAGUUACAACGAAGACAGGUUCAGAACCACAGGGCACCGCUGACAGUGACCUGUCUCCAUUCCAGCUUAGGUUCAGAAGCCUGCCGGGAACCUCUAGUCACUCUCACGUGACGGAUGUAAGAGCCAGCUCCCCAGACACUCAUGGUUUAGUGUGCUCCAGAGCUUCCCCUGGGGAGACAGUGCACUGCUGCCUCUGGGGGCUUGUGAGGCCCCAGGCCGUCUGCCUGUGCUACUCGGUCAGCUCCCAUUGUGUCUCCUCAGCUCAGAUGCUGUGGAACAGCACAAAUUGGAAAAGUCCACUGUAUAUAUAUUUUUAAGUGAAUUCAUUCAUGCUUUAAAAAAAAAGUUGCCUUUUCAAAGUAA